UUCAUUCAUUCCGGGCCGAGAGUCGGAUUUUUAAAUAGGACUGAAAGUGGUUACUGCGCGGUCUCUUGGGCGCCUCCUCUUACUCGGAGAAGGGUCCCGUACAAUUGAAAAAUUACAAUAUCCGCUAGGCCGCCUCCAAAGCUUUGUAUGAGUUCGUAGGCAGUUUAGUUUUGUGUCGAGGAGGAGAUGAAGAGUAGUCGGUUGAUAGUGUUUCCCGUGGAGGGCAGGAGAUGGUCCUUCAAUACUAGUAGUUAUUUUUCUCCUUCCACAGAUAAGCAGGAGAGCUCUCUCAAUUGGAAGCAACUGUGGAGGCGCAUUGCUUCCUCUGAUCAUUCACUAUCCUUCUCAGGGAAGGCAGAGCUCAUCACACAUUUUGUCUCUGACAAGAUGCAGCAGAAGUGGGUCGCACUUGAAAUGGCUCCAGUUGGUAGCAUUCGGCAUAGGGUUUACAAUUUAGGACAACAGCUUCUUAUGCGUGUUAAGCCAUCUGAGAUGUUCCUGAAGUCCAUUCCUAAAGAGACGACCAAGGUGGAAAUUGUUUUCCCUUCAAGUCUAAAUCCAAGAUUAGUACGUAGAAGGUUACGCUGUGUGGCAACUAGUGGUGCUAUCUAUCACAGAAGAUACAUGUAUGGCUCUGUUGCAUUGCUUCCUUUCACAGCCCUUUUUGCAGUCCUUCCUUUUCCAAACAUACCUUUGUUUUGGAACCUGUUUCGUGCACAUGCUCAUUGGCAAGCUCUUAAGGGAAGUGAGAGGCUGCUUUUCUUGGUUUCAGAUUCCAUAGAAACCUGGAAGAUGAUUGCAGCACCUGAUAAUAAGGAUGGAGAGACUGUAAAUUCAUCUCGAGGUGAUUCUAAUGUGUGUGGGGCAAGUUGUGCUUGGGUUCUAUGUCCAUGCAGACGGCUGGGGGAUAUUAUUGCGUCAGACACCAGAACAGGUGCCUUGAGCAAUUUGACAAUAUCAACAAUCUGUAUCACAUACAACAUAGACUAUGCUGAAGUCUUAAAAUGGAGAGAUUACAAGCUAUAAAUCAGGUAGGUUAUUUUCUAAAUUUGGGAACUGGUGGCAUUUGUCAAAUAAAAGUCAAGCUUAUGGGUGGAUAAAUUUCUUCCUAUUUCCUGUAUGUGAGAGCUCAACUCAAAUUUGGGACAGACAUUCCUUCUGGAUUGAUAUUUGUAUAUGUCAUUAUUUUGAUCACUGUGAGAUCAAAAGUUGAUCUGAGCAAUAACUUUAUACUGUCCUAACUUGUAUUCAAUAAAUUAUACUAAUUGUGUUUUUGUACAGAUAUGCAUCACCUGAGCUAGUGAAGUUUAGGCCUUUCCUUUUAACAUGGUCCGCAAUUGUUUAAGUUUGGAGAUACUGCUAGAUAUCGUAAAAUUUUAGUUUGAAUUUAA